GGAUCCGAAGAUUCAGACGUCAUAACAAAUACAGCGGACCUGUCUCUGGGCAUUGAAAAAGAAGCGCUGCGGCGCGAAAAUGAGCACAGAGCUCGUUCACAACUACUUAACAGUCGUACAAAACCGGUGGCGUUUGCCGUUCGCACAAACGUUGCAUUCGACGGUAAAAAAGACGAUGACUCACCAAUACAAGGUUGUGCGAUCACAUUUGAUAUUAAAGAUUUUUUGCAUAUCAAGGAGAAGUAUGACAAUAACUGGUGGAUAGGCCGCCUGGUGAAAGAGGGCUCUGAUGUGGGUUUUAUACCAUCCCCUGCCAAACUCGAACUCUUGCGUCAGAUGAACCCAUCACGAAGCUCAAAAAAUCAUUCUUCCAAAAACUCGUCAUCAUCAAACUUAGGUGGUGUAAUAAAUGAUAUGCUGUCUACCAAUAAGGGGGGUGAUUCAGGGGGUUCCACCCCUCCUACUCCCGCAGAAGAUGAUGAUCCUAUUGGAAGUGGUCGUAUUUCUGCCAGAACGACGCUUACUGCCCCGACAGCAAAAGACAAACGAAAGAUUUUCUUUAAAAAACAAGAAACCACACCACCUUAUGAUGUCGUGCCAUCAAUGAGACCAGUUGUACUGGUCGGACCAUCGUUAAAAGGAUAUGAAGUGACAGAUAUGAUGCAAAAAGCUUUAUUCGACUUCUUGAAACAUCGUUUCGAAGGAAGAAUCAUUAUAACCCGCGUAAUGGCCGAUAUUUCCUUGGCUAAAAGGUCACUUCUCAAUAAUCCUUCAAAAAGAACAAUUAUUGAAAGUAAACCCGGAUCGAAUUCGCGGUCGAAUAUAAUGGCUGACGUGCAACAGGAAAUCGAACGGAUUUUUGAACUCGCUCGUACACUACAGCUUGUUGUUUUGGAUUGUGAUACGAUCAAUCAUCCAUCACAAUUAGCGAAAACUUCUUUAGCGCCAACCAUAGUGUACUUAAAAGUAUCGUCGCCUAAAGUGCUCCAGCGGCUGAUCAAAUCCCGGGGCAAAUCGCAGACCCGGCACCUGAACGUGCAAAUGGUGGCGUCCGAGAAACUGGCCCAGUGCCCGCCGGAGAUGUUCGACGUGAUACUGGACGAGAACCAGCUGGAGGAGGCGUGCGAGCACAUAUCCGAAUACUUGGAGGCGUACUGGCGCGCCACGCACCCGCCCGUCACGCCCGACCCCAACGAGCCGCAGCUGCUGGCCAGACCGAUCAGGAGCUCGCCGAGCAUGGACAUGCCGAUCAUGUCGUCCAUGAUGAACAGUUACCAGUCGUCAGAUUACCAAUCGAUGGACCGCAUGCCGCCCCGCCUGGAGCGCAUGCGCACCACCGAGUACGACGACUACGAGCUCAGCGACCAUGACAGCAUGGUGUACGUACCGCCGGCGAUCGGGUAUCAGUCGAGACAGCACCAGCAGCACCAGCAGCAGAAUCAUCAUAAGCAGCAACAGCACCACCAGCAACAGCUGCAUCUCCAGCAACAACAACAGUCACACCAUAUGCAGCAACAACAGUCACACCAUAUGCAGCAACAACCGCAUUACAUGCAGCAGCAGCAGCAGCAUUACCAACAGCAACAGCACCAUCACCAUCAGCAGCAGCAGCAGCAGCACUACCAGCAGCAGCAGCAGCAGCACUACCAGCAGCAGCAACAGCAGCAGCAGCAGCAGCACUACCAGCAGCAGCAGCAGCAGCAGCAGCAGCAGCACUACCAGCAGCAGCAGCAGCAACCGCCAAUGCGCCGGCAGCACAGCGUGUCGUUCGAACGGAGCCCUUCGCAACGCGGCCCGGCCCUGCGCCCGGGCGCCAGCUCGCACAACAUGCACCACCAGCUGUCGUACCAGCUCGGCUCGCAGACCGACAUGCUGACGCACAGCCCGCCGGAGACCUCUUCCGACCAUCUCAUGUCGUACAUGUCGCCCACGCUCAGGUCGUCGUCGUCGUCCACUUGGCGCGGCAACGUAAACAUUUAGUACAAACAGACGGAAUUUUAAUAAUAACACACGACCAUCACGACGGUAUCGCAAUAAUACGCCAACGUUUUUACAAUAAUGAUUUUUAACGGCAACGACGACGGCGACGACGACGACCGGUGUUCCGCGACCGAGAGACCAUUCUUCGAAUGGUUGUCGACUUCGUCGUCGUCGGAGCUGCUCAGUGUUUACUGUUCACUAUUAUUAUUGUUAUUAUUAUUAUUUCUAUUAUUGUUAUUAUCAUUACUGUCGUCUACGUGAUUAUUAUUAAUAUUGCCGUAAUAACGAAACAAAUGUCAUGUAAAACUCUAUUUUUCGUUAGUUUUGGUUCUUUUGGUUUUUUUCGUUUUGGGGGAAAAAAAAAAAAAAAAA